AGGUUAAUUUAUAUGUUUAAAAAAAGGGACUACUUUCAACCGCGGAGGUAUUCAGUAACGUGCCACCCCGAGUAUCGUCUUUCUGCGGACAUUAUAAAUUGCUACUGUGAGCAGCGAGCGUAAUUUAUAUUCACAGAGUACUAGGAGUUACAUUGUUUGUCGCCUAAUCGUAGAAAUUUGUGUAAUUUCAUCUAAAGAUUUUUUCCUCUAAAGAAUAAAAUGCAAAUCUUUGUGAAGACCCUGACUGGCAAGACCAUCACCCUUGAGGUUGAGCCAAGUGACACCAUUGAGAAUGUCAAGGCCAAAAUCCAGGACAAGGAAGGCAUUCCCCCAGAUCAGCAGAGGUUGAUCUUCGCUGGCAAACAGCUGGAAGAUGGUCGCACCCUGUCUGACUAUAACAUCCAGAAGGAGUCCACCCUCCACCUGGUGCUGCGUCUCAGGGGCGGCAUGCAGAUCUUUGUGAAGACCCUGACUGGCAAGACCAUCACCCUUGAGGUUGAGCCAAGUGACACCAUUGAGAAUGUCAAGGCGAAAAUCCAGGACAAGGAAGGCAUUCCCCCAGAUCAGCAGAGGUUGAUCUUCGCUGGCAAACAGCUGGAAGAUGGUCGCACCCUGUCUGACUAUAACAUCCAGAAAGAGUCCACCCUCCACCUGGUGCUGCGUCUCAGGGGCGGCAUGCAGAUCUUUGUGAAGACCCUGACUGGCAAGACCAUCACCCUUGAGGUUGAGCCAAGUGACACCAUUGAGAAUGUCAAGGCCAAAAUCCAGGACAAAGAAGGCAUUCCCCCAGAUCAGCAGAGGUUGAUCUUUGCCGGCAAGCAACUGGAAGAUGGUCGCACCCUGUCUGACUACAACAUCCAGAAGGAGUCCACUCUCCACCUCGUUCUGCGUCUCAGGGGUGGCAUGCAGAUCUUUGUGAAGACUUUAACUGGCAAGACCAUCACCCUUGAGGUUGAGCCAAGUGACACAAUUGAGAAUGUCAAGGCCAAAAUCCAGGACAAGGAAGGCAUUCCCCCAGAUCAGCAGAGGUUGAUCUUUGCUGGCAAGCAGCUGGAAGAUGGUCGCACCCUGUCUGACUACAACAUUCAGAAGGAGUCCACACUCCAUCUGGUCCUGCGUCUAAGGGGUGGCAUGCAGAUCUUUGUGAAGACUUUGACUGGCAAGACCAUCACCCUUGAGGUUGAGCCAAGUGACACUAUUGAGAACGUCAAGGCAAAAAUCCAGGACAAGGAAGGCAUUCCCCCAGAUCAGCAGAGGUUGAUCUUCGCCGGCAAGCAGCUGGAAGAUGGCCGCACCCUUUCCGACUACAACAUCCAGAAGGAGUCCACGCUCCACUUAGUGCUGCGUCUCAGGGGUGGCAUGCAGAUCUUUGUGAAGACCUUGACUGGCAAGACAAUCACUCUUGAGGUUGAGCCAAGUGACACCAUUGAGAAUGUCAAGGCCAAAAUCCAAGACAAGGAAGGCAUUCCCCCAGAUCAGCAGAGGUUGAUCUUCGCCGGCAAGCAACUGGAAGAUGGUCGCACCCUGUCCGACUACAACAUCCAGAAGGAGUCCACGCUCCACUUAGUGCUGCGUCUCAGGGGUGGCAUGCAGAUCUUUGUGAAGACUUUGACUGGCAAGACCAUCACUCUUGAGGUUGAGCCAAGUGACACCAUUGAGAAUGUCAAGGCCAAAAUCCAGGACAAGGAAGGCACCCCAGAUCAGCAGAGGUUGAUCUUUGCUGGCAAGCAGCUGGAAGAUGGUCGCACCCUGUCUGACUACAACAUUCAGAAGGAGUCCACGCUUCACCUCGUGCUGCGUCUCAGGGGUGGCAUGCAGAUCUUUGUGAAGACUUUGACUGGCAAGACCAUCACCCUUGAGGUUGAGCCAAGUGACACUAUUGAGAACGUCAAGGCAAAAAUCCAGGACAAGGAAGGCAUUCCAGAUCAGCAGAGGUUGAUCUUCGCCGGCAAGCAGCUGGAAGAUGGCACCCUUUCCGACUACAACAUCCAGAAGGAGUCCACGCUCCACUUAGUGCUGCGUCUCAGGGGUGGCAUGCAGAUCUUUGUGAAGACCUUGACUGGCAAGACAAUCACUCUUGAGGUUGAGCCAAGUGACACCAUUGAGAAUGUCAAGGCCAAAAUCCAAGACAAGGAAGGCAUUCCCCCAGAUCAGCAGAGGUUGAUCUGCGGCAAGCAACUGGAAGAUGGUCGCACCCUGUCCGACUACAACAUCCAGAAGGAGUCCACGCUCCACUUAGUGCUGCGUCUCAGGGGUGGCAUGCAGAUCUUUGUGAAGACUUUGACUGGCAAGACCAUCACUCUUGAGGUUGAGCCAAGUGACACCAUUGAGAAUGUCAAGGCCAAAAUCCAGGACAAGGAAGGCAUUCCCCCAGAUCAGCAGAGGUUGAUCUUUGCUGGCAAGCAGCUGGAAGAUGGCCGCACCCUGUCCGACUACAACAUCCAGAAGGAGUCCACGCUCCACUUAGUGCUGCGUCUCAGGGGUGGCAUGCAGAUCUUUGUGAAGACCUUGACUGGCAAGACCAUCACUCUUGAGGUUGAGCCAAGUGACACCAUUGAGAAUGUCAAGGCCAAAAUCCAGGACAAGGAAGGCAUUCCCCCAGAUCAGCAGAGGUUGAUCUUUGCUGGCAAGCAGCUGGAAGAUGGCCGCACCCUGUCCGACUACAACAUUCAGAAGGAGUCCACACUCCAUCUGGUCCUGCGACUCAGGGGUGGCAUGCAGAUCUUUGUGAAGACUUUGACUGGCAAGACCAUCACCCUUGAGGUUGAGCCAAGUGACACCAUUGAGAAUGUCAAGGCCAAAAUCCAGGACAAGGAAGGCAUUCCCCCAGAUCAGCAGAGGUUGAUCUUCGCCGGCAAGCAGCUGGAAGAUGGCCGCACCCUGUCUGACUACAACAUCCAGAAGGAGUCCACGCUUCACCUCGUGCUGCGUCUCAGGGGUGGCAUGCAGAUCUUUGUGAAGACCUUGACUGGCAAGACCAUCACCCUUGAGGUUGAGCCAAGUGACACCAUUGAGAAUGUCAAGGCCAAAAUCCAGGACAAGGAAGGCAUUCCCCCAGAUCAGCAGAGGUUGAUCUUCGCCGGCAAGCAACUGGAAGAUGGUCGCACCCUGUCUGACUACAACAUUCAGAAGGAGUCCACACUCCAUCUGGUCCUGCGACUCAGGGGUGGCAUGCAGAUCUUUGUGAAGACUUUGACUGGCAAGACCAUCACCCUUGAGGUUGAGCCAAGUGACACCAUUGAGAAUGUCAAGGCCAAAAUCCAGGACAAGGAAGGCAUUCCCCCAGAUCAGCAGAGGUUGAUCUUCGCCGGCAAGCAGCUGGAAGAUGGCCGCACCCUGUCCGACUACAACAUCCAGAAGGAGUCCACGCUCCACUUAGUGCUGCGUCUCAGGGGUGGCAUGCAGAUCUUUGUGAAAACUUUGACUUCCACCUCGUGUUGCGUUUAAGGCGAGGACAGUGAAUAAAUUUCUCAAGAACAUAACUAAUGACUUACCAAGUUCUGUAAUUUUGUUUCAAAUGGUAAAUAUUUACAAGGGUUUUUUUGUCUCCUAACAUUUACCCACAACUCAUCCAGUAAUAGUUUUUAUUGUCACGUGGGAUAGGUCUAUUUUUAACGAGAUAUCCAAUUUAUAAUGUGGCGUAAGAGUGGUUGGUUUACAGGGUAGGUGUGAUGCUGUUAAGCUUGGAUGUCUAGUUGGUGUUUAAUGUUUUGAAGUUUGUUCAUAAACCAUGCUGUCUUUGAAACUAAUUAAGAUAUGAUUAGAUUAAGUGUCUUUUUACUUCAGUAAUGAAAGGAUGGAUGAAAUUUGUCUAAAAAUGUUUAGCAGCAUGUGGGUCUUAUUGUAUAUGAAACAUUUUUGUUGCUUUAUUAACAAUCACUUUGCAGUAACACAAUGAAUUCAUGUCAUUAUUUGGAACGCCCAAAAAUAAAAUAAUCAUGUUAAUAUUUA